AUGAACCUUGAAUCCAAGCUCAACAACUCGCUAAACAACGUGCUUCGGUCUGCGGGGUAUAUAUUUGAGAUCAUCAACCAUAACAAGAAGCACUCCAAUAUCAUCACUGGCACUAACAACCAGUUGAUUACUCCACAGAUCAUAGACCAGCUCUCUGGCAGCCUUCAGAACUUUGAUGAUAUUUUGGACGAUACAAUUGGCAAGUUCAACGAUGCACGGUGGUGUAUAGAGCAAAUUGUGGAGAACAAGCACAAGCAAGAGGAAUUGAAGUUGAAAGAAGAGCAAGAGAGGUUGAGGAGAGAGGAGGAGGAGAAGAAGAGACGAGAGGAGGAAGCUGAGGCGAAGAGGAAGCAAGAAGAAGAGAGAAGGGUGGAAGAAGAAAGAAAGAAGAAAGAAGACGAGGCCAGGAAGGCUGCAGAAGAAUUGCAGAAGAAGAGUGAGGAAGAGCAGAAGAAGGAGAGAGAGAUACAGUUACAACAGCAGCAACAACAGCAACAACAGCAGGAACAACAGCAGCAAGGGCUUGGUCUUGGUUUUGAUGCCGGUCUGAUGAUGAUGUCGCCUUCUUUUGACUUCAACAUGGAUGAUAUUACCGGUAUGGGCAACAAGAAUAACUCCAACAACGAAAAAGGAACCGGAAACGAUAAUGAAGGUGAGAAAAGGGACAUACCCAACCCUUCAGAUAUACUUUCCUCAAUCAGCUAUACUGGUGGUAACCCAGACACAAGUAAGGUGGAGGAGAAGAAAGGCAGUAACGGCAACGGCAACAACAACAACAACAACAACAACAACAACAACAACAACAACAACAAUGCAGGUGACGAUAACACCGGCUCGAAUGGUGCUCAGAACGAACUAAACACAAAUGCGAAUGAUUUGGACUUGGAAAUGAACAACUUGCUCGGGAGCGAUACGCUGUUACUCGAUGGGCUUAAUAUGGGGAUGCUUGACCAAGGACUCGGUGGAGAUGUCAAUUUGGGAGAAGAUGAUGAGUUUGAUGUGGACAGCUUCUUGAACCAGUUCGGAGGAGGCGACUAG